GCCUCUUUAAAUCAGUGCAGUUGGAUGUCUGCUCAUUUUAAUAAUCCGGGAUACUUGCCAGUUAAUUAAUGUUGCUUGUUUUCGCCAGUCUGCCCCGAGAGAUAGGUGUGUUUGUCGACGGAGCAACUUUCUCCAUGUGACGUACCUGGCGGAGGAAACACAAACCGAGGGAGACAUGCCGACAUGAUCUGGUUAAACUCAAUUUUCCGGUCCGUAAAUCAUUUUGAUAUCUUGCUGUCGGUUAACUUAGCUAAAAAUGACAGCGGUUUGUGAAUGACAAAGGUGGGUGUUUUUCUUUUUCAGCACUUUUUUUUCCCGUGGCAUUUGGUGAAUAAAACAAAAAUGGAGUCAAGUGUCAACAGGUUUUUUAGUAAAAUAAAACUCUGAGUAACCGAUUCCGACUGAAGAUUUGUAACUUUUUUUUCGGUGAUGGGCUCUGUGACUUCUGCUCUAACACGGACACGAAAUGCGUUAGUGAAAGUGGGUUCAGAGCCGCAGAACAACCAUGACCCGGAGAGAAGCCAGUCCGCCCCGGAGUCGGAACGGGCCAGGAAGAAGGGCGCGCGGUUCAACGUCUCGAGCCAAAUUGGACGACAGAGUUCCCGCCAGUUGCUGUCCGAGGUGCUGAGCAGACAAGACUCCGACGGAGCCAAACAAACUUCGAAGAAAAGGACUUCUGAAGGUCAACACAGCGUGGCAAAUGAAGAGGGGGAGAGCUCCACCAGACCACAGGCCAGUUUUGCACGCUCAAAGUCCCAAAGUGCUUUGUGGAACGCCAUCACGGCGGGGAUGGGGAUCAAAGGCAAAGAGCAGAAGGCCCCCCUGAAUGACCCACGGAGUCCUGAAGAGAUUCUGGCUGACGAUCUUCCUGCAGCAGAUCAACCAGAUGCCACAGAGAAAACAGCCAUCAGAUUACGAUGUCUGGUGAAGCAACUGGAGAGAGGAGAGGCUUCCCUCACUGACCUCAAGAAAAACCUUGAGUAUGCAGCGUUGGUGCUGGAAUCCGUUUACGUGGAGGAGACGAGGCGUUUGGUGGACACAGAGGAUGAGCUCAGUGACAUCCAGUCAGAGUCCGUGCCAUCAGAGGUCAGGGAUUGGCUGGCCUCCACCUUCACCCGCCAGAUGGGCCUGAUGCUGCGGCGCAAUGAAGAGAAACCUCGCUUCCGCAGCAUCGUCCACGCCGUCCAGGCUGGCAUAUUUGUUGAGAGGAUGUACCGACGCACCUCCAAUAUGGUGGGACUCAGCUACCCCCCUUCUGUCAUAUCUGUGCUUAAGCACGUCGACAAGUGGUCGUUUGACGUGUUCGCUCUAAAUGAAGCCAGCGGGGAUCAUGCACUUAAAUUCAUAUUCUACGAGUUGCUCACAAGAUACGACCUCAUCAGCCGUUUCAAGAUCCCGAUCUCUGCUGUGGUGUCUUUCGUGGAGGCCCUAGAAGUGGGAUACAGCAAACAUAAAAACCCCUACCACAACCUGAUGCACGCUGCGGAUGUCACACAGACUGUACACUACUUGCUCCUGAAGACUGGCAUGGUGCAUUGGUUGACUGAGCUUGAGAUCUUUGCCAUGAUCUUUGCGGCGGCGGUGCACGACUACGAGCACACAGGGACGACAAACAACUUCCACAUUCAGACAAGAUCAGACACAGCUAUUCUGUACAAUGACCGCUCGGUGUUGGAGAGCCACCAUGUCAGCGCAGCCUACCGCCUGCUGCAGGACGACGAUGAGAUGAACAUCCUCUACAACCUCUCUAAGGAUGACUGGAGAGAGCUGCGGGCUCUGGUGGUGGAGAUGGUGCUGGCCACAGACAUGUCCUGCCACUUCCAGCAGGUUAAGGCCAUGAAGAACUUCCUACAACAACCUGAGGGCAUUGACAAGCCCAAAGCCCUGUCCUUGCUGCUGCACACAGCAGACAUCAGCCACCCGGCCAAAAGUUGGGACCUCCACCACCGCUGGACCACCUCCCUACUGGAGGAGUUCUUCAGACAGGGGGACAAAGAGUCAGAGCUCGGCCUGCCGUUUUCUCCGCUCUGCGACCGAAAGUCCACAAUGGUGGCCCAGUCCCAGAUCGGGUUCAUCGACUUCAUUGUGGUUCCCACCUUCACUGUGCUGACGGACAUGAUGGAACGUAUCGUCAAACCGCUCAUCGACGAGGCCUCCCACUCAGGUUUUGCCGGUGUCAGGCGCUCAAGUCUGAACAGUAUUAGCUCAGAUGAGACCAAGAGGCACAGCGUGAAGAGCUCCGACAGCAGCUCGUCGGGACAAAGCUCCCUGCUGAUGGUGGACCUGAAGAACUUCAAGGCGUUGUGGAACGAAGAGGUUUAUCAGAAUAGAGAGAGGUGGAAAUCCCAAGCUGCUAAAGAGGCGGAGGAGAGAGCUAAAAGGGAAGUGGAGGAGCAAGCCCAGCAGGAAGAGGCUAUGGAGCCCCAGGAGGUCAACACAGAACCAGAACAGCCAGAACCAAAGGAGGACCAAUCGGAGGAGGAGGAGGAGCCUGAGUCACCGGAGGUCAGCCAAACACCAGAUGAUAACACGGGGGACACAGAGCAGGGAGCGCAGCCUGCGAGCGCCACACACAAGAACCCUCUGCUGCAGAACGGAGAGUUGUCUGAAGGGACUGAAUCUCCCGAGGGAGAAGAAAACAAGAACAAAGGAGACGAUGAGGUGACGAUGGAAUAAGCGAGCUGUGGAGAAUCUCUCUGUGACGUCUCUGCCGCGCUGCUGUCGACCUGAACCUGCUUUGACCUGUUUGAGAAGACUCAACCUCAGAGCAGAAGAAAGGCUAUUAGUUGGACUGUGUCGCCCUCUGCAGGCCACAAAGAAACUGACACCUUCACUUCCUUUUGUUUUGUCUCUGUGAUCAACAGUUUUUACUUUCCCCAUGUUGAUACUCCCAGGCUCUUGUAUGAAGAGCUUGCGGCUCUACCCACGUGCAUUCAUCCUACCUUCAUGCUUACUGAUGAAGACGACGCAAAAGAAGAUUUAAUGACUUUAUAAUGACGGCAGCGAUGGUGCGCUUUUCUUUUUCUUUUUAGUUUGCCAAUCUUUCACUUCCCUCUGGGUUGUGUGUUUAAUUCAGCCACAAACAAAAGUCCCACUUCUCACUGCUGUUAUGCUUCUCUGUUUACACUCUUCAUUAGAUUUUGACAUCAUCACAAGUAUCGUCUGUCAGUCGUCGGUAAGCAAGUUUAUUUUGAGACAAAGUUACAAUCACAGUCAUUUAUUUUGGUACUUAUUGAAUAAUACGCAAGUGCAGGUUUGUGGGAAAUGCAGAAUAGAUGUACAUCAAGAGGCACUUCUAUAGCUGCUGCACAGUAUGUACAGCAUACGAUUUAAUGUAGAGUACGUUGGGGUUAAAUCCACAAGUUUAUAGAUCUACUAUUUUACUAUGAAAUACUCCUUCAACACAUGUAGAAACUCUGACUUUCCCCUGUGCUUCAACAGCUCCGGUUGGGAGUCUUUUAUGUUUUGCUGACGUUACUACAAAACGCUCAUUUUCGUUCCCUUAACAUGUUUAUUUUCCUCAGACAUUGUGAAACUCUAAUGUAUUUGUGUUCCUCUCAGCCAGGUUUAUAUCGUUGUUUGUGUGUUUCUGUCCUCUUUACUGUAUAUAUUGAAAGUUUGUACGUGUAUGAAUACAAUUCCACAAUUAUUUUUUUUUGGGGGAUGUAACAUAUUGUAGUGAGAAAUGUCCAAAUUCAAAAUGCAACUUUUGCAAACAUAUCACACAUUCACGUUUUUGUAUGAUAUAAAAUCCUUUUCUUUUUGUAACAUU